UGAGACUUGUAGCUCGUCCGCCAUUGCUGAGCCAAGUCCGACUAGUGAAUUCCGCUGUCAACAAUAAACUUAACUGCGCCGUGCCGGGACGCGGAGCUGCGAGGUCGAGUUGAAAGCUAGUCGGCUGCCCCGGUAACCAGUAGUGGCCCCACGUCCCUCCCUGGACAACUUUUUAAUGUGAAUACAGAGCCCACGGACGAGGCAACCAUGUCCAAUCUCAGCAAAGGCGGUACCAAGAAGGACACCAAAAUGAGGAUACGGGCCUUUCCUAUGACGAUGGAUGAGAAGUAUGUGAACAAUAUAUGGGACCUCUUGAAGAACGCCAUUCAGGAGAUUCAGAGGAAGAACAACAGCGGCCUGAGCUUUGAGGAGCUUUACAGGAACGCCUACACCAUGGUGCUCCACAAACAUGGAGAGAAACUUUACACUGGUUUGCGGGAAGUCGUCACGGAGCAUCUGAUCAACAAAGUACGGGAAGAUGUCCUCAACUCCCUGAACAAUAACUUCCUCCAAACCCUGAACCAGGCUUGGAAUGACCAUCAGACUGCAAUGGUGAUGAUCCGGGACAUCCUGAUGUACAUGGACCGAGUUUAUGUGCAGCAGAAUAAUGUGGAGAACGUCUACAACUUGGGUCUCAUCAUAUUUCGAGAUCAGGUCGUCCGCUACGGCUGCAUCAGAGACCACCUCCGACAAACCUUACUAGACAUGAUCGCGCGUGAAAGGAAGGGGGAGGUGGUGGACAGGGGCGCCAUCAGAAAUGCCUGCCAAAUGUUGAUGAUCCUCGGUCUUGAAGGCAGAUCAGUUUAUGAAGAGGACUUCGAAGCACCUUUCUUGGAAAUGUCUGCAGAAUUUUUCCAGAUGGAAAGCCAGAAGUUCCUUGCGGAAAACAGUGCAAGUGUGUACAUAAAGAAGGUGGAAGCCAGGAUCAAUGAAGAGAUCGAACGGGUGAUGCACUGCCUGGAUAAAUCCACGGAGGAGCCCAUCGUCAAGGUGGUGGAGAGGGAGCUCAUAUCCAAGCACAUGAAGACAAUCGUGGAGAUGGAGAACUCUGGUCUGGUCCACAUGCUCAAGAACGGCAAAACGGAUGAUCUGGCCUGCAUGUACAAGCUGUUCAGUCGGGUUCCCAACGGACUGAAGACCAUGUGCGAGUGUAUGAGCUCGUACCUUCGGGAGCAAGGCAAAGCCCUCGUGUCAGAGGAAGGAGAAGGGAAGAACCCUGUGGAUUACAUCCAGGGCCUACUGGACCUGAAGCUGCGUUUUGACCGUUUUCUCCAGGAGUCUUUCAACAACGACCGCCUCUUCAAACAAACCAUCGCGGGUGACUUUGAGUACUUCCUCAACCUCAACUCGCGCUCACCCGAGUACCUCUCACUCUUUAUUGACGACAAACUGAAGAAAGGCGUCAAAGGGCUUACAGAGCAGGAAGUGGAGUCCAUACUGGACAAGGCCAUGGUGCUGUUCCGCUUCAUGCAGGAGAAGGAUGUGUUUGAGAGGUACUACAAGCAACAUCUGGCCCGCAGGCUGCUCACCAACAAGAGUGUCUCGGAUGACUCUGAGAAGAACAUGAUCUCGAAGCUCAAGACUGAGUGCGGCUGUCAGUUCACAUCUAAACUGGAAGGAAUGUUCCGGGACAUGAGCAUCUCCAACACCACCAUGGAUGAGUUUAGACAACAUCUGCAGACCACCGGGGUGUCUCUCGGAGGCGUCGAUCUGACCGUGAGAGUGCUGACUACUGGCUACUGGCCGACACAAUCGGCAACACCCAAAUGUAACAUCCCCCCUUCGCCUCGACAUGCUUUUGAGGUCUUCAGAAGGUUUUAUCUUGGGAAGCACAGCGGCAGACAGCUAACACUGCAGCACCACAUGGGCUCCGCGGAUCUAAACGCCACCUUCUACGGGCCCAUUAAAAAGGAGGAUGGGUCAGAGGUCGGAGUCGGGGGAGCCCAAGUAACUGGUUCCAACACCAGGAAGCACAUCCUGCAGGUGUCCACUUUCCAGAUGACCAUCCUCAUGCUUUUCAACAACAGAGAGAAGUCCACCUUCGAGGAGAUCCAGCAAGAGACGGAUAUUCCUGAGAGGGAGCUGGUGCGGGCGCUGCAGUCGCUCGCCUGCGGGAAACCCACUCAGAGAGUCCUCACCAAGGAGCCCAAAUCCAAGGAGAUCGAGAACGGCCACGCGUUUACAGUCAAUGACCAGUUUACCUCCAAACUGCACAGGGUCAAAAUCCAGACAGUGGCCGCAAAGCAAGGGGAGUCCGACCCAGAGAGGAAAGAGACCCGACAGAAGGUGGACGACGACAGGAAGCACGAGAUUGAAGCCGCCAUCGUGCGCAUCAUGAAGUCGAGGAAGAAGAUGCAGCACAACGUCCUAGUAGCAGAGGUCACACAGCAGUUGCGAGCGCGAUUCCUCCCCAGUCCUGUAGUCAUCAAGAAGCGUAUUGAAGGACUCAUUGAGAGGGAAUACUUGGCAAGAACACCGGAGGACCGCAAAGUCUACACCUACGUAGCGUAAAACACGUGAAUUCGGUGCAUCGUAGAGUCGGGAGAAAUGGCGAGCCUUGGUUUUUUUUUUUUUUUUUUUUUUUUUUUUUUUUUUUUUUUU